AUGUUAUCUGGUGCAUCGGACUUUGAUACCAAAGUUGGGUUUUCUGAGAGUCCUUCUUGCAACUAUGGAAGCGACGAGGACACAGAUCAGCUGUUGGAUAAACAAUAUCGAAGUGAUAAACCCGUUGAUAUUCCUGAGCUCAAGGAGGAGGCAGAGUAUCUUCUUGUGAAAACUCAAAUCCACUAUACUGAAGUAGAUGAGGCGAACCUUGUUAAUAAUUUCGAGUUGGUUAAAAGGAUGCAAUGCCUACAUAUUCGUGUAGAUUUAAUAUCUGUGAAGAAGCGUCGUGGACGAGAGGGUAAGUCACUUUUCCCAUAG